GAGGGGGGGGAUCUUUGGGGGGGGGGUUGAGGAAGAGAAGGGCCCCUUCCUCUGCCCCCCCCCAGGUGUUCCUCUGGCCUUCCGGGUGUUCAUCUGGCCCUCCAGAUGUUCCUCUGUCCUUCCGGGUGUUUCUCUGGCCCUCCAGAUGUUCCUCUUCCCCGGGUGUUCAUCUGGCCCUCCAGAUGUUUUUCUGGCCUUCCGGGUGUUCCUCUGGUCCUCCAGAUGUUCCUCCUCCCCAUAUGUUCUUCUGUCCCUCCAGAUGUUCCUCUGCCCCGCCCCCAGGUGUUCCUCUGGCCCUCCAGGUGUUCCUCUGGCCUUCUGAGUGUUCAUCUGGCCCUCCAGGUGUUCCUCCUCCAGAUGUUCCUCUGGCCUUCCGGGUGUUCCUCUGGCCCUCCAGGUGUUCCUCCUCCAGAUGUUCCUCUGGCCCUCUGGGUGUUCCUCUGGCCCUCCAGGUGUUCCUCCUCCAGGUGUUCCUCUGGCCCUCCAGGUGUUCCUCUGGCCUUCCGGGUGUUCCUCUGGCCCUCCAGGUGUUCCUCCUCCAGAUGUUCCUCUGGCCCUCUGGGUGUUCCUCUGGCCCUCCAGGUGUUCCUCCUCCUCCAGGUGUUCCUCUGGCCCUCCAGGUGUUCCUCCUCCCCAGGUGUUCCUCUGGCCCUCCAGGUGUUCCUCUGGCCUUCUGAGUGUUCAUCUGGCCCUCCAGAUGUUCCUCUGGCCUUCCGGGUGUUCCUCUGGCCCUCCAGAUGUUCCUCCUCCAGGUGUUCCUCUGGCCUUCCGGGUGUUCCUCUGGCCCUCCAGAUGUUCCUCCUCCAGAUGUUCCUCUGGCCCUCCGGGUGUUCCUCUGGCCCUCCAGGUGUUCCUCCUCCUCCAGGUGUUCCUCUGGCCUUCCGAGUGUUCAUCUGGCCCUCCAGGUGUUCCUCUGGCCCUCCAGGUGUUCCUCCUCCCCAGGUGUUCCUCUGGCCCUCCAGGUGUUCCUCCUCCCCAGGUGUUCCUCUGGCCCUCCAGGUGUUCCUCCUCCCCAGAUGUUCUGGAGGGCUGACCCAAAGCAGGCUGUCUCACACGCACACAUACAUACAACCCCACAAAAGUGCACAUACACCCCCACCCACCCAUCCCAAUAUACACCUCGCUUUUCUCAGUCAGGGGCUGGACUACAAGUCCCAGGGUUCCCAGCUGGUAAGGAGGAGGGGGUUGUUGGGUAUUCCCAUGGGGUGGGGGAAGGGUUUUGGGUGAUGUGUGACUGACAGCUGUUUUGGGAUGGGGGGGGUAGUGUGUCCCUGUUUCUGGCCAGUCAUUCUUUCUCUACACAAAUGAUUUUUAAAAAACCCACAUGAUAUAAGGGGUUUAUCACCAAUAAUGGGUUUGGAAGGAACUUUGGAGGUUGUCUAGUCCAGCCCCUUUCUCGGGCAGGAGACCUAUCAUUUCGGGCUUGAUGGGAUGGAUACACAGGAUCAUAGAACAACAAGCAUUGGGAAGGAUCCUGGAGGUCUUCUAGUCCAACCCCAAGCAGGAGACCCUAGCCUAGGCCAUCCCAGACAAAU